UUUCUGAGCUAGCAAAGCUUCCAGAAGACACAGACACGUCACUGUCGUACCCCACCAACCAUCUCCUAAAAGCUCAUAGUCGCAAGCAUUGCCAUGGUCGCUGGAGAUAACUUACAACAGCUAAAGCUGGCAUUGGAGACUAUGUACUCCAAUGCUAACCAAAACGAUAAAAUCAACGCUACCCAUUUUCUCGAGACAUUCCAAAAAUCCCAAGAUGCUUGGGAAAUCGUCCAUACCAUUCUCAACGACGCGCAUUUAGAUAUCCAUAUUCAGCUCUUUGCCGCCCAGACGUUGCGUUCAAAAGUGACAUACGAUUUGUCUCAAUUGCCAGAGCAGAACUUUGCAACCUUGAAAAAUUCCAUUAUUCAAUUACUAACGGUGUUUACCGCCAACAACCAACGUCUUGUGCGUACGCAGCUCUGUGUUGCGUUAGCACAGCUUGCAUUGCAAUAUUUGACGUGGCAGGAUGCUGUGUCGGAAAUUGUUACUAAGUUAUCGCUGACGGCAACGUACUUGCCCUGUUUGUUGGACUUCUUGAAGAUCUUGCCCGAAGAGUUGUCUGACGUCAAAAAGACAUCUUUGUCCGACGAUGAGUUCAACACGAGAACUAGAGAAUUGAUAGAGAACAACGUAGAACAGGUGUUACUCUUGUUGAAGAACUUGACCGACACUAACUCCAGUAACUCGUCACAAGACUCAAUGGUUCUCGACUGUUUGAACUCGUGGAUCAAGGAAUGUCCCAUAGAAAGCAUUCUCCGUAUUGAUUCUUUAACUUCACUUAUCUUCCGUAGUUUAGCCAGCGAAGAAACCUUUGAUAAGUCUAUUGAAUGUCUCUGUACGAUUAUUAGAGAAACAAGAGACAUCGACAACCAUGAGCUCAUCGAAGCCUUAUACAAACAGAUCAUCGAGUUGAACUCGUUUAUGCAUGCUAACCCUGAUAGACUUGAAGAUCCCGAAACAUUUGACGGUUUGUCACGUUUGUAUGUGGAAGCCGGCGAGUCGUGGCAUGUUCUUAUCGCCAAGAACCCGAAGCACUUCAAGCCGUUGGUGUUAAUCCUUUUGGAAAUCUGUAAAUACCAAGACGACUUGGACAUCGUCAAGUACACAUUCUAUUUCUGGCACUUGUUGAAGCAGUUGCUCACCAUUUCCAAGUUCCAGGAAUCAAAGGAAGAGUUGGCAGAUAUCUUUGCCAAUUUAAUCACCAUCAUAAUAAAGCAUUUAACCUACCCCAUAACUGGAAAUGACCACGACCUUUUCAAUGGUGAUAGAGAACAGGAAGACAAGUUCAAAGAGUUCCGUUACGAAAUGGGGGACGUUCUCAAAGACUGCUGUGCAGUAGUAGGACCCUCGAAGGCUUUGAGCAUUCCCUUCCACCAGAUCCAGACCAUUUUAUCCUCAAACAUGCCUUCGACCAACUGGCAGCACUUAGAGGCACCUUUGUUUUCCAUGAGAGCCAUGGCUAAGGAAGUUUCUACCAAAGAGAAAGUCAUGUUGCCUACUAUCAUGUCAUUUCUUGUGCAGUUGCCGGAACAUCCAAAGGUCAGGUAUGCAGCUACAUUAGUAUUGGGACGGUAUACCGAAUGGACAGCCAAGAAUCCGGGAUUUUUGGAACCACAAUUGAACUACAUUAUCAAGGGCUUUGAGAUUGUCAGCUCCAACAGCGCAGACGAACAGGGAAAACACGACAUUAUCAUUGCUGCUUCUCGAGCCUUGAUGUAUUUUUGUCAGGAUUGUUCCGAAUUGUUGGUCAGUUAUUUGGAACAGUUGUACAUGUUGUAUGGGCAAGUUCGUGACCAACUUGACUUGGAAUCAACGUACGAACUAGUUGAUGGUUUGGCCCAUGUAAUUUUGAAGUUACCAACGGAAAACUUGUACACCACUACAGAAAUGUUCAUUUCGCCAACUUUGCAGACUUUAAAUCAAUUGCUCGUAGCUGGUGAAAAUGAAGCGAACUCCAAGUCUGUUGCUGAUCAAAUUGAGGUUUUGACAAAGUUCAUAUAUGUCUUGAAGGCUAACAAUUUCAGUAAGCCUGAUAGCCCUAUUGCACGUUUAUUCAUAGAAAAGAUAUGGCCAGCUAUUUCUCAAUUGUUGGCUGCAUAUGGUAAGUCGGUCAUUGCAAGUGAGAGAAUUUUGAAGUUAGUCAAGUCAGGAAUUCAAUCCCAGAGCACAUAUUUGAACAGUCUUUUGCCCGAAAUGGCUACCUUGUUGAUUCAGGGCUUCCAGCAGUCACACUAUGGGUGCUAUCUUUGGGUAUCUGGGGUUUUGAUCAGAGAAUACGGUGAUGAGUAUACCUCGGAAGAUAUCAAGGAUGCUGUCUACAGAUUUGGUAUGGAACAAUGCUCGUAUUUCUUUAACCUAUUGUUCAAUACCAAUGAAGAGGGAGUUCGUGCCAUGUCGGACGUUGUAGAGGAUUACUUCCGUAUGAUGAACGACUUGCUUAUGUUUUACCCGUUUAAGGUGAUAGCCAACCAGGACUUAUUAAAGUCUACUCUCAAGGCAUCGUUAUUGACUUUGAAUCUGAUCAACGAGUUCAACCCAAUCAUUUCAUGUAUACACUUCCUUGUAGACUUGGUAUCAUGGGGAUUGCCUAGCCCUCCAAUUUCGUUCUUUGAUGAGAGCGACUUGACUAUUCCCAGACACGGCAUGCAACAGUUUCUCGUUAGCGAGAAUAACGGAGGAGAGUUGUUGAGAGUGGUGUUGAAUGGCUUGAUUUUUAAGUUCAACAACGAUAUUCAGCAGGACACCAACGACUUGAUUCUCAAGAUCUUGGUAGCUGUUCCAGAUAAAAAUAUUUCUAUAGGCUGGUUGCAUGAAGUGGUGAAGGCUUUACCCAACGUCAACCAGAAAGAGAUCAGUAAGCUUAUGGAUACAGUUUCAGUGGCAUUGCCAAACAAGGACAAUAGAAGAGUGAGGUCUGCGCUUCGUGACUUUGUCAACUGGUACAGCCGUAAGAACGUGACACCCAGAAGUGAAUUCUAGGUGGAAAUCUACAGACUAAAAGGGAAUCAUACGUCAAAAGUUAUAGUUAAUGGAUACUAGAUAGAGAAGAUGUAGAGGAGAGAGAGGUUGUGAAUAGAAUGAGCCACCACGG